AACCAUUCAUCAAAACACUAUCUCCGUUUCAGAACAAAAAAUUGAGUGAAAGGCACAAUUAAUUAAGAUGCAGCAAGCACCGGUGAUAAUCAUCGGAGCUGGAACUUCCGGCAUCGCAGCGGCUGCGUGCUUAACAAAGAAAUCAAUCCCUUAUAUCAUUCUAGACAGGGAGGACUGUUUUGCUUCCAUUUGGCAGAAAUAUGCCUACGAUCGUCUCCAUCUUCACCUAAGGAAGCAAAUGUGUGAUCUACCAUACUUACCAUUUCCCCCCUCUUACCCCCUUUAUGUACCAAGGAAGAAAUUUGUAGAGUACUUAGACAACUACGUGAAGCACUUCAACAUCAAACCUCUGUACCACAGAGCCGUGGAGAAAGUAGAACAUGAUGGUACUCAAUGGAGAGUGAAGGCUAAGAACAGAGCCUCUGGUCUUGUCGAGGAAUAUGCUGGUAAAUUCUUGGUGGUGGCCACUGGUGAAUCCGCUGAACCCCGUGUAACAGAGGUUGAAGGGUUAGAGAGUUUCAAAGGGAAAGUGAUCCAUUCAACAGGGUAUAAGAAUGGGAAGGAGUUCAAAGAACAGCACGUUCUUGUUGUUGGAUCUGGCAAUUCUGGCAUGGAGAUUUCAUUGGACUUGGCAAAUUUUGGUGCCAAACCGUCCAUCAUUAUUCGAAGCCCGCUUCAUAUUCUAUCAAGGGAUGUGAUGUAUUAUGCGAUGCUUUUGUGGAAAUAUCUGCCGUUGAGCGUGGUGGAUAAACUGGCAGUGAUAGCUCGCAGGAUUGAGUAUGGGGAUCUGAGCAAGUAUGGGAUACAUGUUCCCAAUGAGGGACCUUUCUUCAUGUAUCAAACUUACGGCAAGUACAUAAUACUUGACUUGGGAACUGUUAACAAAAUCAAAUCUGGAGAAAUACAGGUGUUGCCAUCGGAAAUAGAGAGUGUGAGAGGUAACCAAGUAUUGUUCGGGGAUGGCAAGUCGCACACAUUUGAUUCCAUCAUUUUUUGCACAGGCUUCAAGAGAUCAACUCAAAAGUGGCUUAAGGGAGGUGAUGAUCUUUUGAACGAGAAUGGAUUAACAAAGACUAAUUUCCAAAGCAACUGGAAGGGUGAAAACGGUUUGUACUGUGCUGGACUGUCAAGGAUGGGAUUUUUUGGAGUUAAGGACGAAGCCCAAAACAUAGCAAAUGAUAUUGCAUCGUCAAUUGCUCAACAAGAGAAAUUUAAACAAAGGAAUUAAUGGUUCCAUUUCAAUAAUUAUUUUCUGUGUUACUUUGCCCAUAUUGUAAACUGUGUGUUGCGAGUGCAAUUUGAAACAAGGAAUAUGGUAGGCUGUUUUGGAUGAACCAUUUACACGUGGGGUUAAAUGGCCAAUGGGUGUGUCAUGUAAUAAAAAUGGGACUCUUUAGAGCCCAUUUGGAUUCUCUAUUUUCGCUUCCAAAUAAGUGUUAGGAACAUGUAUUGUAAAAGUGUAUUUUUUCAUAUUUAACAAAAUGCGUUAAGGAAAAAACAGUUA